AGGGAGUCUUUGCCUCAGAGCGCCCCAAGAUGGCGGCGGUCUCUGAGGGGCAGAGAAGGCGAUGAUGGCGGAGGCCGUGAGGGUCCUGCUGCUGCCGCCGCCGCCCCUCGGAGGCCCCGGCCCUGGUCGGGCCAAGCUCAGCCGCGGAGGCCCCGAGGCCCUGCUGGGGGUCUUGGCGGCGGAGGGGCUGCGCCUGGAGGGCCCCCUUCGUCGGGGGAAGGAAGGCGACGGAGCCCCGAGGCUCCUGGGCGGACAAUGGGCAGACUUCCUCUGGGAGAGCGCAGACGGCGAAGGGCCCGCGGCCCAGGGCCUCCGACUGCUUGCUCUCAGCAAGACCCAGGGCCUUGGUCUCUAUGCAGUGACUCUGGAGGCUGGAAGGUGCAAUGCGGCGCUUCUGGGGACGAUGGACGCAGACGGCAUGAAGAAGGCGCUGCUGGCUUCCAAGGAGAUCCGUUUAGCUUCACUCUCCUCUUUGAAGCUGCUGUCAUUUACAAAUGGCAAGGCUUUGUUGCUGCUCAACAACUUUAUUCUUGUACAUCUCGCUUUCCCCGCCGGAGAACUGGAGGCAGUGAUGCUGAAGGACUGCUUUGUUCUCAAUCUGUCACCGCAAGCGUCAGAAAGGAUAGCAGAUGUGACCGUCUGCAGAGACAUCCUCUUCUUGUUAGAUGAGUCUGGAUGGAUAUAUUUUUUUGAUGCGACAGAUGGAACAUACCUGGCCUAUGUCAGUGUUUCCCUCUACCUAGCAGAAGGACAAGAAGAAAAGGAUGCAGACAUCCUGCCCCGUCUUACACAGUUAAAUGUAUCGUAUGACCUUAGCGUGGCUGUGAUUGCCAAUUGCUGCAAUUGCGUUGCUUCUGUCGACCUUCAUUUAUACUUCAAACAAUAUCCUGACCACUUACUUUGCAAGAGAAAUUUUGACAGCCUUCCCACAGAUCAAUGGAAAGGAGCAGAUGAGGAUGACCUCAGAAGUUCAGAGCACAGCAUGAAACAUGUGCAGCAUGCAUUCCGAACAGACAGGUCCUGGAAGGCACACUUGUCGUCUUUGCAUGACACAACCGAAAGGCUUUAUUCUCCAUACUUGUUACCUGAUGGUCCCUUUCCUUGGUAUCAGCAUCUUCUCCACCUAGAGCACCCUGACUGUAGGACUCAUGAGAUUUCUGAGACCUCCCUUCUUCAAGACGUGGCUUACAUUCUUUCGGAUUCAAGAGGGAAGGGAAACACGAGCAGAAGCAAAAAGGAUAGACAGUGGAAGAGCAUACAUUCAGGCGACUCAGAAGACUCAGUGAAACUUGAGUGCAAAUCAGUGACAGGCUUUAGUGCAUUAUUCACUAUCUCCAGUGAGUGCAAAGGACUUAGUAUUGUGCUGUGGGAUUUGGAGACUCAGGAAAUGGCGCAUUCUCAUGUGGGGGAAAAUUCCUUUUUUGUGGAAUGUAACAAGAGAGAGGAGCAAUUGUGUGUCAUCCUUUCAGAGUCUGGUCUCUCCUUGUUCUUGUUUGGCUUGACUCAAGAGGAAUUCUUGAACAGACUGAUAAUCCAUGGAAAUGCUGGCACUGUGGAUUCUCUUUGUCGACUCAAUGGAUGGGGAAGAUGCUCAAUUCCCAUCCAUGCCUUGGAGGCAGGUUUAGAGAACCGUCAACUGGACACUGUCAACUUCUUUUUAAAAAACAAGGAGAAUAUUUUCAGUCUUUCUUCGUCUUGCUCAUUGCAAGGUCAGCCAGCAAGCAUUGUGUCAGAUUUGUACUUGAAAAACAUGAAAGAGUUGAGGCCAGCUUUGGACCUGCUGUGUCUGGCAAUCCAAGAAAGUGAUUUGGAAGCGCAGAGCAAGCAUUUCUCUGAGCAGCUGCUAAAUCUCACCCUGUCUUUCCUGAACAAGCAACUCUGUGAAAUUUUUACACAUAGAGAAGAGCUGGAUGAAAAUCUGGACAGAUGUGUUGAUAUUUUAACCAGCUACAUCACCAGACUCAGGAUGUUUAUGAUAAAGUUCCCGCUUAAGUCACCCAGUGCUGGAAACCUGCCCUGUGAUCUAGAAGAAGAUGUGCCUGCAAUAGAAGAAAGCCACAUCUGGGAAGAGUUAGAUACAGAGAGGAUUGUUGCUGAAGCCAUUUUAAACAACAAGUUGCCAGAGGCUCAGACUUUUUUCCGUCUGACUCACAACUCUGCCCAGCAUCUCAAGGAGCUGAUUCAAAUAGGGCUGGAUCUGGUUUACAAAACCCUGUUGAAAGAUGACAUAAAAGAAGCCUCCAGACUCUUAAGGAACAUGGGCUUCAAUGUCAAGGAGCAACUGCACAGGAUAUGUUUCUAUGUGAGUGACCAGCAUGUCCGGGACUACUUGGUGGACAGGCUGCAAGAGGAAAACUGUUUUUCUGAAACUGAGAAGGAAAUCAUAGACUUUGUGCAUCGGGUGGAAAAUGUUUAUUCGGGAGCCAUUCAGGAGAAUGGAGAGAGUACAGGCCAGUCCAGGUACUGGAAGAAAGAACAAGACCUUUCUACCCACAUUGCCACUUUGGGUGCACUUUUGAAUCGUGAUGAAGACAAGAAGCAGAGAGUUCUCUUAAACUGGGCUCAAUGGUGGGAUCAGCUUAUGCAAGAAAUGAUUCUCCUGCCUAAACAAUCUGAUGAAGACCUGAAGUCAUGUAAUCCAGAGGUUCUGUGGAUGUAUCUGACAUCUUGGCAUGACUGGGCAAAUAUUAGUUCAUGGAUUACAGAUUCUCAGCAACAAGACGGCAGCAUGAAAUGGCCCCAACUAACUAUAGAGACCAUAAAUCAGAGUACGUUGUGCAGCCGUUACAUGCGAAAUGAAAUCUUGGAUAACCUGGCCAGGAAUGGGACUUUCAUACCAGCCGAGCUGGACAAUUUUGAAUGCCUUCUCCAAAGACUGACUCUUGUUGGAGGAGUGAUGCAGAAUCCUCAUCCUGUUCCAAGAUAUACGACUUCUGGUGGCUUAGAUUUCCACAGCUGUUUUGUCCUUUAUUGUUUAGAACAUGGGCUGGAUCAUCUUCUUUACACUUAUUUAGACUAUUACAGUUUAUUUUCUUCAAACUGCCCCAUUUUGAAUGAUAAAGCACUGCAUGAAGCUCAUCCUUGGUUUGAAUUUCUAGUGUACUGCCGAAGCAUUGCCAGCAGUCCUGGAGAUGCCAAUUUGAUUUUCCAGGCAAGUCUGGCAAAUGCCCAAAUCUUAAUUCCUAGCAACCAGGCCAGUGUGAGUACUAUGCUGUUGGAGGGACGGACACUUCUUGCCCUUGCCACAACCAUGUAUACAUCUGGAGGAAUUGACCAGGUUGUUCGGAAUGGAGACAGAGGAGAGAAGGUGGAUACCCAGCUCUUCCGAAUGGCCCUUGCGCCUUAUCCCAAGCUCAGAGCGGCCCUCUUCCCCCAGUGCACCUUGCAUGGACUCCUGCCUCCCGACAUCUCUCUCUACCAUCUUCUUCAGUCAUUAGUUCCAUUUGAUCCUGCUAAAUUGUUUGGCUGGCAGUCAACAAAUGCACUUGCCAUUCCCGAUAUUUGCAGUGAUCUUCCUCACUUCUCUUGCCCCACUCUGGUCAACAAAUAUGCCAUCGUAGAACGUCUAGACUUCUCCUACUACUUGCGCCACAAACGCCCCUCUUUUGCUUUUGGGACUUUUAUAGUUCAGCAGCUGGUGAAGAGCAAAACCCCAAAGCAGCUGAUCCAGCAAGCAGGCACUGAGGCCUACUCUUUGGCUCUCUCUUCCUUUUAUGUGCCUUCUGUGGCUGCAGCCUGUGUCUGCUUUUUGGAGCUGCUGGGCUUGGACAGCCUCAAACUCCGGGUGGAUGUUAAAGCUGCAAAUGUAAUCUUGAGCUUCAUGUCUAGAAGAGAGGAGCCUCAGCACAACUCUAUCAGGCAGUCCUUGGUUGAAAAGCUAACAGAGCUCGCUAGUGGACAAAAGACAGCAGCAGAAGAGCUCCUUCUCUGCUUGGAGGAAGCAGUUUGGGAUAAAAUUGAGCAUCAAGACACAGAAAAGACAUCCAGUGAUGCAAGAAAGCAGUGGUCUUUGGUGGUCCAGUUUUGCCGGCUCCACAACAUCAAGCUGAGUCCAUCUUACCUGAAAGUGUGUGCUAGGUCCAACAAGUGGCUGCAGUUUAUCAUUGAAGCCCAGAUGUAUAGCUACCAACUAAGUGAGGUGAUCCCCAUCCUCCGGGACUUCCCCUGUCCUUUGCAAGAUCACAUGAGGCUGGCCUUGGAGACUCUGCAGACCUCAGACUGCUCUCAGCUGGAAAACCAAGGGAGCAGCUCCAACCCACUAAAGUGGGAGCCAAAGUCAAACACGGAUGAGCUCUUUUACAUUCUGCUGCAGUGUCAGAAGCAGCCUCAUCCCUGGCGUUACCUUCUGGGUGAAGCAGUGAAGCACCAUGUACCUGUCUUGAGUACGCUGGCAGCAUGCUUCCAGGAUGCCCCUAUUAUCCAUUGUCUCUGUGUUUGGAUAAUAACAUCCUUAGACAGCUCCACCAUGGCAGAAGUGACAAAUCUCAUCGAAGGCUCCCUUGAAACCCAUGAGUGGCAUCUUAUGGACUUGGCCACCCUCUGGCAGACACUUUUAAGGAGGCAGAAGAGCCGAACACUUCUUCUUGGCUUUCAGUUCUUUCUGAAGGAUUCCCCUUUGAAGAUGAUGCUGGACGUAUAUGAAUUAUGCAUGGAUUACAAGAAUUACAGUGAAGCCUCAACCAAGCUCCUUGCAUUUCAAGACAGUCUUUCAAAGCUUCAAGGCACACUUGAGCUGCCAGAUCCCACCCUACCAUUACCCUGGAUGGAGUUGCAGGCCUCAUUUCUUCUUGAACUGAUGCUACAGCAGUGUAGGACAGAGUAUGAGCUGGGAAAACUCCUUCAGCUUUUUGCAGAUACAGACACCCUUCUUCCUCAUGGGCCAGAGAUGAAGAAGCUGAGUGCCCUCACCCGCAUCUUGAAGGGCUCACCCGUCUCGGUGGAUCGUGCCCUUCUCAGCAAUUAUACCCCUGAGAACUUCCAGAAAGAAUGCAGAAGAAUUUUGGGGCAACUGCAAGAGAGGAACUCUUUCUCCGUGGCACGGAGCGUGGCAGAACUGGCGGAGCUGCCUGUGGACAACGUGGUGAUCCAGGAGGUGCUCCAGAAUAUACGCCACCUGAAACAGAUUGGCCACUGGCCCCAGAAGCGGACAAGGAUCGAGUUCUGGAAGAAGUGUCAUGAGAACUAUGUGAGAAAUGCCAUCUCAAAGCAAGCCGCCUCUGACUUCUUCUUGGCUCAGGCAGAAAGCGUGUCAGAACCAGCGGGUGGAGAGAAAACUUGCAGCCUUCUGGAGAGGCAGCUUUUGCUUACCUUGGCUGGCCACUGGCUGGCCAAAAGUGACCCUGUUCCACUCAGUGAGCUUGAACGCAUAGAGAAGGAGAUUUGGCUUUGCUGCAUCACCCAGCAGGCUUUGAGCCAGAGCACAGUGCAAGCCCCGCAUACCUUUACCCACCAGAUUUCAGUGACUGGCGAGCUGUCCUUUGACUCCUUAGCCAGGGAGUUCUCUUUUUCCAAGUUGGCUGCUUUAAAUGUGCCUGAGUACUUGCGGCUUGAGGGCUUACCGCACCCCGAUGCCUCCCCAGAUCCGCUUCUGGGCGCGGAAGUGGAAUCGCUGAGCUGCUUGAUUGGCCGCCUCCUGGAUGAGGGCAGCGUGCAUGAAGCCAGCCGCGUUUCCCGCUAUUUCAACUUCUACAGCAGAGACGUCUCGCUGGUCCUCCACUGCCGUGCGCUGGCCUCCGAAGAAGCCCCCCAGAGCUGGUUUCACCCAGAGAUCCAAGCAAUCCUUGCAACCCAGGAAAAGGGGGGAAGCAAGGAGGAGGAGAAGAAGAAGGAUGGGGAGGAGGUGCCUCAAAAGAACCGGCUGCAGAGCACCUCAAGCUUGGAGGGCUGGUCCUUUGUGGGGGUCUCAUGUGCAAACAGUGAGAUUGUGGGCGGCUUGCAGGCACUGACAGCGCAGUGUGUCCAUGGACGGAACUACUGCCGACAGGUCCUCUGCCUCUACGAACUGUCUAAGGAGCUAGGCUGCUCCUUCAGUGAGAUCUCUGCACAUGACCCUGAGAAGCUCCUCCGGGUAAUCCUGUCAUCUCAGCAGCCGGACAGGUGCAAAAGGGCCCAGGCAUUUAUCAGCACCCAGGGGCUGGGGCCAGAGAAUGUGGCAGAGCUUGUGGCGGAUGAAGUCAUGCGGGAGCUGCUGGCGCCAUCGCACAGAAAAGACGGGCAAAAGCAGGUCCUGAAUCCCGCAGAGGAGAGUGAGGCGUUUCUGCAGCUGGCCAAACUGUGCCCCGACCGCAUCCUGGUUGGCAUGAAGCUGUUGGAUAAAAUUGCAUCGGUGCCCCCUGGAGAGCUUGCUUGCACUACAGAGCUCCUGAUCCUGGCCCACAAUUGUUUCAGCUUGACUUGCCACAUGGAAGGGAUCACGCGUGUCCUCCAAGCUGCCCGGCUGCUCACAGAUGAACACUUGGCACCCAGCGAAGAGUAUGGGCUUGUGGUCCGGCUCCUUACUGGCAUUGGCAGAUACAAUGAGAUGACGUACAUCUUCGACCUGCUACAUGAGAAGCACUACUUUGAGGUGCUGAUGAGAAAGAAGCUGGAUCCGAGCGGGACGCUCAAGACGGCCCUGCUAGACUACAUCAAGCGCUGCCGCCCGGGGGACAGCGAGAAGCACAACAUGAUUGCGCUCUGCUUCAGCAUGUGCCGGGAAAUCGGGGAGAACCAUGAGGCAGCAGCUCACAUCCAGCUGAAGCUCAUUGAAUCCCAGCCAUGGGAGGAGUGUCUCCAAAAUGUGCCAGGCCUGAAAAAACUCCUGAUGAAAGCCCUGACGCUCUUCAUUGAUGCUGCCGAGAGCUAUUCCAAGGACUUCUGUGUGCGCCAGUCCUUGCGCUGUAACCGGCUGACCAAACUCAUUACGCUGCAGCUCCAUUUUCUCAACACCAACCAGAGCACAAAGCUGAUCAACCUGAGCAGGAGGAGUCUGCUGGAGUGCCUCAUGUCCUUGCCCAGGUUCUACCAGGCUGCCAUUGUGGCUGAAGCCUAUGACUUUGUCCCUGACUGGGCAGAGGUCCUCUACCAGCAAGUGAUUGUGAAGGGUGACUUCAACUACUUGGAGGAGUACAAGCAGCGGGGCCUGCUCAAAGCCAGCAUCAUCGAGGAGAUUGCCCGCAAGCUCAAGCAGCACCCAAGCAGUGAGCCUGCCCUGAGAAACCUGAAGAAGCUCUUGACCUAUUGCGACGACAUCUACGUCUAUUACAAACUUGCAUACGACAACCAGUUCUACGAUGUAGUGAACAUGCUCCUCAAGGAUGCUCAGACAGGCUGCUGCUUGAAUGACCUGUUGGCAAACUAGAGUACCUAAGAAGAGCCACAAGCCGAGGGAUAGCAUGAGACAUUCCAGCUGGGCCAGAAGGCACCUUUGGGUGAGCAGCUAAGAUUUUCAGUAUCUGAAACAUACCAAACACACUGCAGCACUAUUCCCAAUUAUAUUGGUUGUGCUAAAAAGCAAGGUGGGAGUUUAUUAACUGCCGAAUAGAUUUCAAGCGGAUAUCGACAGUCGGAAAUGAAUGUUUGUACGAGUUCUUGUUUGGAGCUGCUCCUCCUAAAGGCAGAUUGACUUGCUUUAUAAAAAUGUCUGUUCUGUAUUAAUUUUGAACACAUUAAAAAGAACCUUUACAAGA